UAUUAUGACCUGCUUGACUUAGUCACAGCCACCAUGAACUUUGCCCUUCUCUGUUCUGCUUUUGCAUUAUUGACCGGUUUGAGGCAAAGUCCAGCUCAUGGGUCACACAGACACUUUGUCACACCAAAACACCCGACAAGCAAGACAAGAGAGGAGGAAAGAGAGGAGAAUGGAUACAACGUCGUCAUUCUUCAAGUCUGUGACCAAGCGGGUCUGGUCCCCGCCCCAGCGACCUUUCAGAAUCUGCUGCAACAGAAGGGAGACCAAGAAAGGGAUCACUGCAGGAACCCUGGAGGAGCUGAAAGAGAGGGUGUGCCAGGCUUUGUUGCUGACCAUUUCUGCAGCAUCUGUGUACCUGGUUUGUGAGGAGGACGGUACAGAAGUGGACUCUGAUGAGUUCCUCAUGACCUUACCGGACAACACCGUGCUCAUGGCCCUAGAGCCAGGACAGACGUGGAAACCGCAAGCGGGUGCAGUUGUGCUUAAAAACCACGACAAGCCUCGCACCGGCAGAGACAUAGCACGAGUCACCUUUGACCUUUACAAGAUAAGCCCCAAGGAUGUGUUCGGCUCACUGAGUGUGAAGGCCACAUUCCAAGGCCUGUACUCUGUGAGCGCCGACUUUCAGUGUCUGGGGCCCAAGAAGGUCCUCAGGGAAGUGCUGCGUCUCGCCUCCACCCUCCUCCAGGCUGCUGGGCACCUGCUUAUCACCUCUGCGUCCAUGAUCCGCCGCGUCAUCGAAGGCACUGAGCUCUGGCAGCCGCAGAGGGCCGAGUACGCAGCCACCUGGCAUUAAAACCCUGACCCACAAUGAAAAUGUUUUGACUUUUCCCCUACAAUUGGACAUUUAACUGGUUAGCAGUUUUACAAAUAUGAUUUCCUCCUUAAGGCAAUCAGAAACAACCACACAGUAUCAAUGGAUGCAUAAUUUUGUAUUUUUAAUGAGUGAGUAUUCAUUCUUUUAGAAUAACUUGAAGGUGUUUAUGAUUGCUUUCCAUGUCACAGUAAGAAACGUGGCCUUAUCACAAUCAGACGUGUGAUCAAGCAGCGACCCAACAAAACUUAUCAAGACCUUGGUGUUUGACCUCAGGGAUCUUUUGAGGCCUCCAUGUUGACUACAUCUUUUACAAUGAUUUGUGGCAUGACAGUAUUUCUUAAAACUAAAAGUGAAAAACAGGUUGGAGUGGAAAAAAAAGCAACAGUCAGAGCAGCACUAUGUAGCUUAAUAAGAAAAUAAAUGCUACAUUAUUGUUGAAGCUUUUGGAAACAAUUUUGUGCAAUAUAUUUUUUAUGUAAUAUUCUUGAAAUGUCCUAUUUUUUUAAAUUGAUUUUCUCUGUAAAUGUAUCUUGUAAUGUGGUGCUUGAAGUCAAUUUACCAAAUUAAAAAUGUUAGCAUUCACCUAAAUGAAUCAAAAAUAUGCGUAUGGUAAAUACAUGCAAGUAACUGAUUAAAUCUUUAAUUCACUUUAGUCAAAAUGUUAUUUCGGUAAACCAAACCAAGAGGGCGUGUUUACAUUUAUUAUGAGGUCUUUAAUUUAAUGUUAGCAAAUCCCUAAAUAAUUUUUCGCUUUGUUCUUAUUCUGACAUUGAGAUAACCUGAAUGUUUUUUGUUAUCCUAACCGUGUAGUUGGAUUUACAUCGGGGAUUAAGAAACAUUAAGGUUAUGUGUCACUUAAUGAAAUAUACCUACAUUUCUGCUGCACUUGUUUAGCUCUGCCGUGUUCAGAAGGGAAUGUGUAAAUAAUUUUGAGUUGGAAAGAAACCCAUCAACGUUUAGGGGUUUUUAUUCAAAAGGACUUUUACUUGAAUUAGUAUAUACAUAAUAAAAUUAAAUUAAAUUUACAGCUCAAACACUAACAUAAAGUUGCACCUCAGCUGCAACAUUUCAACACAAACAAACCCAGCCACAAAAACUGAAAGUAUAA